AUGGGGCUGGGUGUUCCCGGCGACGAGGGCUCGGGGACGCAGCCCACAGCGGAAGAGCAGCUGCGGACCCCGGCGCGUGCCCUGGUGGAGGUGUCGUCCCGCCGGGUCACACCGCCCGCGCCACGGGCCCUCACCCAAUGCCUUCCGGUGCCCGAAAACCCUUUCGGGAACAACCGGGCCCCCAAGAAGCCUUCGGGCUCCCGAACUCUCGAGCUGGUGAGGAAGAGGCAGCUCCGCCGGGACGGCGCAGGGCGGAACCUGCAGCGAGCGCUUCCGGAAAAAAGAAAGAAAAGAAAGAAAACGUGUGUUUUUCUGCUCCGCCCCGGGCCCUGCGGAUCUCGGGUCGUGCGCGUUUCAAGCGACGGCACCCGUUGUGUCUUCCAGGUGGCCAUGGCGACGGGGCAGGUGCUGUUCCAGCGUUUCUUCUACACCAAGUCCUUUGUGAAGCAUUCCAUGGAGCACGUGUCGAUGGCCUGCGUGCACCUGGCCUCCAAGAUCGAGGAGGCUCCGCGGCGGAUCCGGGAUGUCAUGAACGUCUUCCACCGCCUCCGGCAGCUGCGGGAGAAGAAGAAACCGGCGCCGCUCCUGCUGGAUCAAGAGUAUGUGAACCUGAAGAACCAGAUCAUAAAGGCGGAGAGACGGGUCCUCAAGGAGCUGGGCUUCUGCGUCCACGUGAAGCACCCGCACAAGAUAAUCGUUAUGUACCUUCAGGUGUUAGAGUGUGAGCGUAACCAACACCUGGUCCAGACCUCAUGGAAUUACAUGAAUGACAGCCUUCGCACAGAUGUGUUUGUGAGGUUCCAGCCCGAGAGCAUCGCCUGUGCCUGCAUUUACCUUGCAGCCCGGACACUGGAGAUUCCUCUGCCCAAUCGUCCCCAUUGGUUUCUUUUGUUUGGAGCAACUGAAGAAGAGAUUCAAGAAAUCUGCCUGAAGACCCUGCAGCUCUACACUCGGAAAAAGGUUGACCUGACACACCUGGAAAGUGAGGUGGACAAGAGGAAGCACGCCAUGGACGAGGCAAAGGCGCAAGCCAGGGGCCUGCUGCCCAGCAGCGCCCCUGCCCUGGACAGCACCUCAGGGUUCUCGCCUGCCCCGAAGCCCGCGGAAUCUCCCAAAGAAGGUAAAGGGAACAAGGCUUCCCCACUCUCCGUGAAGACCACCAAGAGGAAACCAGAGGGUGUGAAGAAAGCUAAGGCGGACAGCCCGGUGAACGGGUUGCCAAAGGGGCGAGGCAGUCAGAGUCGGAGCGGGAGCCGUGAGCAGAGCUACUCGAGGUCCCCAUCGCGAUCCGCUUCUCCUAAGAGGAGGAAAAGUGAUAGCGGCUCGACUACUGGGGGGUCCAAGUCCCAAAGCCGUUCGCGGAGCCGGAGUGACUCACCCCCAAGACAAGCGCACCGAGGCGCUCCCUACAAAGGCUCCAAGGUGAGGAGCUAUCGCAAGUCCAAGGACUGCAAGUACCCUGCCCAGAAGCCACACAAGUCUCGGAGCCGCAGCUCUUCGCGCUCGCGAAGCCGCUCACGGGAGCGGGCAGAUAAUUCUGGAAAGUACAAGAAGAAGAGUCAUUACUAUAGAGAUCAGCGACGGGAGCGUUCAAGGUCUUAUGAGCGAACAGGCCACCGCUACGAGCGGGACCACCCCGGACACAGCAGGCAUCGGAGGUGAGGCCUGGGGUCCGAGAGCUGCCCUCCACCCUCAGCGUGGCUGACUGUGGCUCAACUCUCUUUGUAAAUGGUGGUUGACUCUGGACCUGGUGAUGAAUUUGGAGAUGGAACCGAGAGGAUGGCACCGUGCCCUCCAGGUUGGCCUGGGCGAGGUGCACCCCGGUCCUGGUGCAGGGCCCGUCUCGGCCGCAGAGAUGGCGCACAUGCCGGUGGUGUGGAUCGGUGCUAAUGACAGGCUGUCUUCACUCCCAUCCCGACACUCAAUUACGUUAAACCAACAAAAUGACUUUUAGGACCUUUGCCUAUAUUAGGUUGUACUUAUGUACAUAUUUUACAGUAUUUCACAAUGAGAAAAUGGCCUUAAUAGCCCCUAUUCUCUAUCCACGUUGUAAAUAAACAUGUGUUUAAUACAAGUUAAAGCUAUAUAUGAGAACUCAGAACUUGAAUUCUGUCAGCCUAAAACUUGUGUAGAGAAUUCUGAUUUUUAAAAUGUGAAGGUAUUUAGAUCUGUGUUGAAAGUCGUAUAUUUUUAUCUGCGAUGCUGAGUGCAGGCCACCAGCUCCUAAAUAGAGGUUUCCUAUAUAUGCAUUUUAUGUGGUUGAAUAAACACAAUUCUCUCUACUCAGGAUAUUUGGAUGUUAAAGGAUUCGUAGUUUGUCCUGCUUGUUGCUGCGCCCGGCCCGCAGCGCCCCAUCUCGUGGUGUCUGUGCUGCCGCCUCUGAUCUCAUUAGAGCUGUUUUCUCUCA